AUGGUAAAAGACCCCGAUUUGAAACCAAUUCACCCAGGAGAAAUCUUAAAAAGUGAGUUCCUAGAACCUUUGAAUAUGAAGGGAGAAGAAUUAGCCAAAAAUAUUCAAGUAAAAAAGUCAGUUAUUAGGGAAUUAUUAGCCGAAAAAAGGAGAAUGACCGUGGAUUUAGCCUAUCGUCUUUAUUUUUAUUUUGGA